AUGUGCAAAUCGUCCUCGGAGCUUCAGUACAUCAUUGAACUGGGUGGUCAGCGACUGCUCCCUGUCGUUGAUACGAAUCUUUACAAUUACACUCCUAUUUCCAAGCGCCUACAACUCUUGAGGGAUAAGACCCGUGCAUGGUUUAAGUUUGACAUUAAUUCUGUGGAAACAGUCUCUAUACCAGACCAAUUCUAUGACGGAAGGCUAUCCCUCGCCGAUGGGCAUCUCUGCCUCUACAACCGAGAUGAAGAUUCAGCCAAGAUCUUUCCAAUACUACCAAAGCCCUCACAACAAACAAUUGAGCGUGGUUUCUCUCCACGAUCCCUGUGUUUAGUUCCAAACACAGACAUCAUCGAUGUGUUCAUGGACCCAGCGCAAAACCUGAUUGCCAUCGCGUAUGUCAUUACUGAAGGCGUUUGCCAGCCGGGUGGUGUGAGGUUCUUUAUUGAACUUAAUGCCCUGGAUGGAGGUGGUGUCCACCCCCAAGCUGCUGGACGGACUUUGUUUAUGUCGGGGCCACCCCAAUGCGAGAACAUCCGCUUUGAAAUAAACAGUGGGAAGCUCAAGGGUUUUGGGAGGCGUAUCGCUCUCUGGUGCUCUCUGCGGUUCAAUGGUGCGGGCAGCUACACAUUCAACCGGACCAUGUGGUGGUUGCAGAUUUGGGACUGGCAACACUCAACAACGUCCAUUAGCGUCCUCAGUGACACUUUUAACUCAGUUCCUGAUGACUCGAUGGAUUUUUGUUUCCUCGGAGAUGAUAGAUUACUGAUUGCCAGCUACAGCUUGAAGGUCUACUCAAUCGAAGAUAUGUCUCAAGCGCCGCAAUUCCUGGCGUGCUUCUUGUUGCCAGUACCGCCAAUGAUGAAGAUAAGGUGCAUCCUCCCAAUGGACGACAUUGCACAUAGCUCACAAUCACAGAUGCAGGCCCAACAAACAAUGUGGACAUUGGACCCUCAACAUCGACUAAUAUCCCUUCUCACGUUCUAUCCGCAUCUUAUCUUCAUCAUUUCCACCAGGAUUUUCUUUGACCUUGACGUCUUUGAAGGAAUGGUUGCAGCAAUACCGUGGAAAUAUUGGGGCCCUUUAAAUGCUCGUGUUUUCUAUGACCAACAUCCAUGGAUUCUUGGCGUUAGCGGGAAUCGAGUUUUGUUUCGUGCAGCGGAUAGCGUCACGGGGUGUAGGUUACAUAUGAUGGACUUCAACCCGUUAGCUGUCAAGUGCAGGCAGGGUCUAGGACGAGUGGUGAAAGAGUCAUCUACGAUAAAAAUCAGUGAGUGGGGGGAGGACGUAACAUCGUCUCUGCCUUACGUCGAGAUCGUGUUGGACAGAAGGUUCGGUUCUUGCACUUUAGACGAUAUAUGGGUUGAUAAGGACAGAAUAUAUCUGCUCAAGAUGACUCAAGAAGUCAAUGGUACAGACCAGCUUGAACUUGAAGUCAUUGAUAUUUAG